GGGCAUGAAUCUCGGAGAGGUUCAUGCACCUGCCUCUGCCUCUGCCUCCUUCCUCCUUCCUUUCCAAAACAAGAAAAAUAAAGUCCAUAAACAAAUAUUAAUUAAUUAAACAAAUCAAAAAAUUCCUCCAUUUAUUCAGGUUGUUCUUUCUUCUCAAAACUUCAACUUUGUUCCCUCACCGACUUCAGUUUCUGCCCGGCUAUCGAAAUCCUCUGCAGAUUGAACUGAUGUGCUAAUUGUAUUCGGAGACGGAAUCAGUAUUCUGAAGGUGUAGUUUGACAUUUGGGAUGCUUUGAAAGAAAAGAUUGAACAAAGUUUAUGCGGCACUUUAGAUUUCGUAUGAUGGAGCUGAAAGAAGCGUAUGACAUGGAGCAUUUGACCUCUACGCAGAAUAUUGAGCAUGAGCUGUGGCCUCUCACUGAAAUUGAUCCGAAGAAAGCAAAGUUUCCCUGCUGUAUAGUUUGGACUCCGCUUCCGGUAGUCUCCUGGUUGGCACCAUUCAUCGGACAUGUUGGCAUUUGCAGGGAGGAUGGAGCUAUUUUAGAUUUCUCUGGUUCCAAUUUUGUGAAUGUUGAUGACUUUGCAUUUGGUGCCGUAGCCAGAUAUCUCCAAAUUGACCGAAAACAGUGUUGCUUUGCCGCAAAUCUGGGUAGCCACACUUGCAAGCAUGGGUACAAGCAUUCAGAGUUUGGGACUGCAUUAACAUGGGAUGAUGCCUUGCAGUCAAGUUCGCGGUACUUUGAACACAAAACCUACAACCUCUUCACUUGCAACUGCCAUUCAUUUGUAGCCAACUGUCUCAAUCGGCUCUGCUAUGGCGGAUCAAUGAGUUGGAACAUGAUCAACGUGGCAGGCUUAGUACUGCUCAAGGGGCAUUGGGUUGAUGCCACGUCCGUCUUGAGGUCAUUCCUCCCUUUUGUAUUGGUGCUCGCUCUUGGUGUUGCCAUGGUUGGAUGGCCAUUCGUUGUUGCGCUUUUCUCCUUCUCACUCCUCCUUCUGGUGUGGUUUAUACUGGGCAGUUAUUGUUUCAAGACCUUGCUGGAGUGCUAGUUCCUACUAUCACAAUGUCGAAAAGUUUAAGAGAGUAAGCAGGAUGUUAUGGGGUAAUUUUCCUCUUCAUGUCUCUAGUUCCUGAUGCAAUUUUGCUAAAUGUUUUUUUUUUGUGAAUAACGCUUCUGAUGUCAACUGGGUCGAUUUAUACAAUUGUAGAUGAAUGAUUUAGAAAGCUUAUCUACUUUGUGCAGUCUGUGACAUGCUCGCAUUAUGAUUUCCGAACGAGUCAGGGAAACCCAUGUUUGGGGAGUGUUAGGUUCUUUUUAUGGACUUUCGGUUAUGGAAAACAAUGUAUUUGUUGCAGUUCUGCUUCAAAUCAAUAAAACUCUCUAAUUUUACGUCA